UCACUGGAGAAGACAAGCUUCGAGGGCAUCCCUGGGUUCGUGGGUGGGCCGAAGAACCGGCCUGGAGUAAUCGUGUUGCAGGAAUGGUGGGGCGUCACUGACGAGAUUAAGGAGCAAGCAGAGCACCUGAGCAAGCUUGGGAAUUACCGUGUUUUGAUUCCUGAUCUCUACAAGGGUUCAAUCGGCGUUGAUGCUGAGGAAGCAUCCCAUCUAAUGAACAAUUUGGACUUUAAAGCUGCGGUGGAGGAGAUCAAAACAGCAGAUAAGUGGCUGCGCGAAACAGGAUCAUCAAAGGUUGGGGCUACUGGCUUCUGCAUGGGCGGUGCUUUG